UUCAUUAACAAACCAAAACCAGUUACUCAUCAACAGAAAGCAAAAAUCAGAAAUGAUGUUGCGAGCAUUAGCAAUUCUUUUAUCUUUUGUCUCUAUGUCAGGAGUCUUGGCUGACGUUAGUUCGCUAAUUAGCCGAGAAACGUUCAAUGAAAUGUUAAAGCAUCGUAACGAUGGUAAUUGCCCUGCAAAAGGGUUUUACACUUACGACGCUUUCAUUGCUGCUGCUAAAUCAUUCGGAGCUUUCGGUACGACGGGUGAUCUUGACACUCGUAAAAGAGAGGUUGCUGCUUUUCUGGGCCAAACUUCACAAGAAACUACAGGUGGGUGGGCUAGUGCACCAGAUGGUCCAUAUGCUUGGGGUUAUUGCUUCAAACAAGAACAAGGCAACCCAGGAGAUUACUGUGUUGCAAAUCAACAAUGGCCAUGUGCUCCUGGUAAGAAGUACUAUGGACGAGGUCCCAUCCAAAUUUCUUACAACUAUAACUACGGUCCAGCAGGAAGGGCAAUAGGCGUAGACUUAUUAAACAACCCGGAUGCUGUAGCAACCGACCCGACCAUAUCUUUCAAGACUGCUCUCUGGUUCUGGAUGACCCCACAGUCACCAAAACCAUCAUGCCACGCUGUCAUUACUGGCCAAUGGAAACCAUCUGCCUCAGACACACAAGCGGGUCGGGUUCCCGGAUAUGGGGUCAUCACCAACAUAAUUAACGGUGGUGUCGAAUGCGGUAAAGGGUCGAACCCGCGAGUGGAAGGUCGUAUCGGAUUCUAUAAGAGAUACUGUGACAUUUUCAAAGUGGGUUAUGGCAAUAACUUGGACUGCUAUAACCAAAGGCCUUUUGGUCAAUAGAAAUUCUAGUUAAACUGCUGCCAUGUCAGCAUUGCUAGAUGUUUAAUUUAAAUAUAAAUAAUGCUUAAUAUGUAAUAAAUAAUGGGUGGGGAUAAAAUGGUCUUUCGGAGAAGAGGUUUGGUUGACCAUGUAUCUCAAAGUUAAAAAGUUAUAAGCUUGAAUUAUAAUCAGCUUUUAAUGACAAUACACAAAGUUUACAUACCUCCUAAAUGAAAUCAAAAAAUAAUUUUUUA